AUGGCGCACCCACUCCUGGAACGUCUCCUGGAUGUCAAAGUUGACACCAAGAAAUUCAUUUCCUUGGCUACUCAUGGAGGAACCAACUUCCCAGAGAAAGAGGGUCGCAAGUGGGUUGCUGACCACUUUGACUUAACAAUUCAGGCUUCCAUCUUGUACGUUGUUGUUGUUUUUGGAACCAAGUUCUUCAUGAGAAAUCGUCAACCCUUCGCUCUUUUUGUCCCUCUUAAUAUUUGGAACUUCAUCCUUGCCGCUUUCUCUAUUAUUGGAACAAUUAAGCUCGCUCCUGAUUUCUUCGGAACAAUCCAAAACAAGGGACUCACCAACUCAUACUGCUAUGCCUAUGACUUUACUAAGGGAGAAAAUGGUUAUUGGGUUUGGCUCUUCAUCGUAUCUAAGUUGUUUGAACUCACUGACACCGUUUUCCUUGUACUCCGCAAAAGACCUCUCAUGUUCCUCCAUUGGUAUCAUCACAUUCUCACUUUGAUCUACGCCUUCUACUCUCACCCAUCCACUCCCGGAUUUAACAGAUAUGGAAUCUUCUUGAACUUCUUCGUUCAUGCCUUCAUGUACUCGUAUUACUUCUUGCGCUCAAUGAAGAUCCGAGUUCCUGGAAUCAUUGCUAAGUUCAUCACUUCUAUUCAAAUUCUCCAAUUCAUCAUCUCUUGCGCUGUUCUUGCUCACAUCGGAGUUCUUGUCUACAUUCAAGGAGUCAAAUGUGAUUUCGAUACGAACGUAUUCUACCUCGCAUCUUUCAUGGAUAUCACCUACCUCCUCCUUUUCAUCAACUUCUUCCUCCAAUCAUACGUAUUGAGAGGUGGAAAGGCCAAAUAUCAAGCCGUUUCGACAAAGGAAAACAAGAAGAGCAAGUAA